AGCAGGCUACCCCCCCACACUCCAUCAGUAACUACAACCUCUUUCAACACAAUCAUGAAAUUCAGCCUCAUCUCUCUCUUUGCUAUUGUCGCCAUCGGUGCGACCACCAUCUCCACAGGCGUGGAAGCGAGCCCAGCUCCUGUUCCCAUUCCAGCUCGUGAAAACCCAUGCCCGCAUUGCGCACCUGCCGGACCUGGCGCUGGAGGCUGCAGCAGUAGCUUGCCCUACAAGGAAUGCUGGGUCGAUGGCAAGUGCUGGUGCUGCCCUACCGUUAACGGUUGUUAAAAUCGCUACAUUGCAUAAUGUCUUUUCCUGUAAUCGUUGUCGGUCUGUAAUUACUUGGCAAUGUGUCCCAUCCGAAUAGUAUACCGGAUGGGCUCUUGAUAGAUAGUUUCAAGUUUAAUAAUAGAUUUUCAUAGUUUUGCAUCGGA